CUCAGUUCCCGCCCGACUCCCGACUCGUGUGCGUGUAGGAAUUUCGUUUUUUUUUUUUUUUAACGCUAUUCUGAAUCGAAGCAGAACCGUCUGAGAAGCGAUAGAGAGAGGUCGUGGUUCAGGACUCAGAAACCGGCCCCCUCUUCGUCCUGUCACCGGGGAUCAACCCCUCGGCAGCGAUCCCCCCUAGUUUGGAAGAGACGUUACGGUUCGAAAGUGAUCGAUCCCGCAAUCGAAUUAACAAUUUCUCGAAAAUUAUACGAACUGUGCCACACUGUGUCGAGAUAUCGCAGAACGUAUAAUUGUGCGCGAUAGUGAACAUCUGCGAAAUUCACACAGGACAUAAUUGUUUUUACGCGGACGGGUGAACGGGAAAAAAACACGACAUCUGACCGACUUGAUAAUAGAUAUUUUGAUAAAAUUUUAUAAUUGUGCUAAAACAUCUUUAUUCACCAGUGGUGGUGAUCGGCCGAAAAAAAAAGACACACGCAUUUUCAGAGCAACCUGCGCGUUGUGGUGCACUUUGCUUUAUAGAUUUCAACAAUUAUGACUGCCGAGCCGUGGACCUUGCCUCCGAAGCAAGGUCUGUACGACCCUACGCUCGAACGAGAGGCCUGCGGCGUCGGUUUCAUCGUCGCCAUUGAUGGAAAGAGGUCGCAUAAGAUUGUUCAAGAUGCUCAGACAUUGUCGGCGCGAAUGAAUCAUAGGGGGGCAUGCGCCUGCGAUAACGAUACUGGCGACGGGGCCGGUGUGCUUUGCGCAAUACCGCACGAUUACUAUGCCAAUGAAAUUCGCAAUCAGCAGAAGAUCGAGUUGCCCGAAUUCGGACGAUACGCCACCGGUAUCUUGUUUCUCGAUAAGAAGACUCACAAGGAGGCGGAGGCCGCGUUUGUGAAGCUAGCCGAGGAAUGUGAAUUGAAAGUGUUAUGUUGGCGCGACGUUCCGACCGAUAGCACCCAGAUUGGACAAGUAGCGAGGAAGUGUGAGCCGUAUAUGCGUCAAGUGUUUGUUACUGGCGAUCAAGAUGAGGAAACGCUUAAACGACAGAUAUUCGUCCUGAGGAAGAGAUCGUCCCACUCGAUACCGCGACCGGGACUGCGAUACUACAUUUGCUCGUUGUCGUUGAAAAUCGUCGUCUACAAAGGUCAGCUUACCGCUGAUCAGUUAUGGUUGUAUUUCCCGGAUUUGACGUCUCCGAAGUUCGAAACCUAUCUGGCGCUGGUGCACACGCGAUUUUCCACCAACACAUUUCCAAGUUGGGAGAGAGCGCAUCCUUUACGAUUUCUCGCUCACAACGGUGAAAUCAAUACUCUGCGCGGCAAUGUGAACUUCAUGAAGGCGCGGGAAGGUGUAAUGAGCAGCAAGAUAUACGGCGAUCAGCUGAAAUUGCUCUAUCCGGUCGUAGAACCGAACCUGUCUGAUUCCGGAUCGGCGGACUGCGUGCUCGAAUUUUUGGUGAUGGCGGGACAUCGUUCCUUGCCCGAGGCUGUCAUGACGAUGGUACCGGAGGCUUGGCAAAAUGAUCUGACCAUGGUCACCGACAAGCGCGACUUCUAUCACUGGGCGGCAUGCGCCAUGGAACCCUGGGACGGCCCGGCUCUGCUUACCUUCACCGACGGCCGUUACGUCGGUGCAAUCUUGGACAGAAACGGCCUGCGCCCGUCGCGCUUCUACGUCACUAAGGAUAACGUGAUGGUGAUGGCGUCCGAAGUGGGCGUCUAUGAUACUCCGCCCAGCAAUGUAGUCCUGAAGAGCCGCUUGAAGCCCGGCCGUAUGCUUCUCGUUGACACGGAAGAGAAGAGGAUUAUACAGGAUGUCGAGCUCAAGUUGCAGAUCGCUCGAAGCAGACCCCACUCCAAAUGGCUCAAGGAACAGAGGAUCACUAUGGAUGAAUUGCGUGCCGCGCACGUUAUCAACGGCAAUACGGAGAACGUGAUCAAGAACAAUCUGUCUGCUGAGACAACCGUCGCGAUAAAGAACGCCUUCAACGAGGACGAGGGCGAGAAGGACGGUCAGAUUUCGGCUGUGAAUAAAGUUUGGAGCGGCGAUAAACGGCUCUCACUUUACGGUUACACUCUGGAAACCAUCAACUUGCUGCUUUUACCUAUGGUGCAAACCAAAAAAGAAGCGUUAGGAUCUAUGGGCAAUGACGCUCCUCUGGCGUGCUUGUCGCAAUUUCAACCUUUGUUGUACGAGUAUUUCAAGCAGUUAUUCGCACAGGUGACCAAUCCGCCGAUCGAUCCGUUCCGCGAGAAGAUCGUAAUGUCGAUGCUUUGUCCAAUCGGGCCUGAGAGUAACAUUCUGGAACCGAGUGAGUUACAAGUGCAUCGCUUGUUCCUGCCGCAACCGAUACUAUCCUUGGACGAUCUCGAGGUUCUCAAGCGCACGACUCAUCGCGAUUGGAGAACAAAAGUGAUCGAUAUUACUUAUCCCGUUGAAGAGGGACCUGGUGGAUUGUUGAAGACGUUGGAUCGCGUUAACAGCGAAGCUAAUGCUGCUGCCAGAGACGGUUAUCAAUUGCUCGUGCUGUCCGACCGACUGGGUGGUCCGUCAAGAGUUCCGGUUAGCAGUCUAUUGGCUCUGGGUGGUGUUCAUCACUAUUUGAUCGAAGAGAGACAACGAAUGAAAGUCGGCCUUAUUUUGGAAACCGCGGAAGCUCGCGAAGUUCAUCACAUUUGCGUGUUACUAGGUUACGGAGCAGAUGCCAUAUGUCCUUACUUAGUAUUCGAGAUGGCGAAAAAUCUGAGGGCGGAUCGCGUUUUUGAUGAGACUUUUACCGACGACGUUAUUUACAAGAAUUAUGCGGAGGCUAUAGAACGAGGAAUCGCAAAAGUAAUGGCAAAGAUGGGAAUCUCGACUCUGCAAUCUUACAAAGGGGCGCAGAUAUUCGAAGCGGUCGGACUGGCCGACGAAGUCAUCGAUAAAUGCUUCAAGGGUACUCAAUCUCGCAUCGGUGGCGUGACGUUUGAUAUUUUGGGCAAAGAAGCAUUCGAGCGACAUCAAAUAACGUACUGGAACAAACCCAUGGAUAUGUUUGUCAUUCGCAAUCCCGGAAUUUAUCACUGGCGAUCAGGAGGCGAAAAACACAUCAAUGAUCCAGCUAGCAUCGCUAGUUUACAGGACUACGUUGUUUCCAAGAGCAAUUCGGCUUACGAGAAUUACAGCAAAACUACGAUGGAAGUGGUGAAGGCUUGCACGUUGCGCGGCCAGCUCGAGCUGAAGAAGUCGCGCGAUCCAAUUCCCAUUGCGGAGGUGGAACCCGCGUCAGAAAUCGUGAAACGCUUCGCUACCGGCGCGAUGAGCUUCGGCAGUAUCUCUAUGGAAGCUCACACCACUCUGGCAAUUGCUAUGAACCGCAUCGGUGGCAAAUCCAAUACCGGCGAAGGCGGCGAAAACGCGGACAGAUACCUGAAUCAAGAUCCGGAGUUCAACAAACGCUCGUCUAUCAAGCAAGUUGCGAGCGGUCGUUUCGGUGUGACCGCCAGUUACUUGGCGAAUGCCGACGAUCUACAGAUCAAGAUGGCACAGGGCGCGAAACCAGGCGAAGGCGGCGAAUUGCCCGGUUACAAGGUUACCGCAGAAAUCGCCGCCACUAGGCACUCGGUGCCCGGGGUCGGUUUGAUCUCGCCGCCGCCACAUCACGAUAUCUAUUCGAUCGAGGAUCUGGCCGAACUGAUUUACGAUCUCAAGUGUGCCAAUCCGAACGCACGUAUUUCCGUCAAACUCGUAUCCGAAGUCGGAGUGGGCGUUGUCGCCGCCGGCGUUGCCAAAGGUAAGGCCGAACACGUGGUGAUAUCCGGCCACGAUGGUGGCACCGGCGCCAGCAGCUGGACUGGCAUCAAGUCCGCCGGAUUGCCCUGGGAAUUGGGCAUAGCUGAGACACACCAAGUGCUAACUCUAAACAAUCUAAGAUCGCGCAUGAUCGUCCAGGCGGAUGGUCAGUUACGCACGGGUUUCGACAUCGUGGUAGCGGCAUUGCUGGGAGCGGACGAGUUUGGUUUCAGCACCGCUCCGCUGAUCGCCAUGGGUUGCACCAUGAUGAGAAAGUGUCACCUGAACACCUGUCCUGUGGGCAUCGCCACGCAAGAUCCGGUGCUGCGAAAGAAAUUCGAAGGCAAGCCGGAGCACGUGAUCAACUUCUUCUUCGCGCUCGCUGAAGAAGUACGCUCGCACAUGGCCAGUCUGGGCAUUCGCAAGUUCCAAGACUUGAUCGGACGCACGGAUCUCCUUAAAGUGCGCGACGACAUUACUGUCGAAAAAGCCAAAACUCUAAAUCUCAGCAACAUUUUGCGAAACGCGCUGGACUUGAGACCAGGUGUGAACAUUAAAGGUGGCACCUUGAAGCAGGACUUCCAGCUGGAAAACAGACUUGACAAUAAACUGAUCGAACUAGCCGAGCCCGUUUUGAGCGGAAAGCAAGUUCGAGUCGACAUCGAGAUGAACAUUAACAACGAGUGCAGGGCGUUUGGGUCGACGCUGAGUUAUCACAUAGCCAAACGUUUUGGAGAAGAUGGAUUACCCGAAAAUAGUAUCAACAUCAAGAUGCAGGGAUCUGCGGGUCAAAGCUUUUGCGCUUUCAUGACGAAGGGUAUUCACGUUACCCUUGAAGGUGAUGCCAACGACUACGUCGGCAAGGGCCUUUGCGGAGGUGAAAUCAUUAUAUAUCCGCCAAAAGAAUCCGAAUUUAACUCGGAGGCGAACGUGAUCGUUGGAAACGUCUGUCUGUACGGUGCCACUUCCGGAAAGGCGUAUUUCCGCGGCAUCGCUGCCGAGAGAUUCAGCGUGCGCAAUAGUGGAGCGGUCGUCGUGGUGGAAGGUGUGGGUGAUCACGGUUGCGAAUAUAUGACCGGCGGCUGCGCCUUGAUCCUCGGUCUCACCGGCAGAAACUUCGCGGCCGGAAUGUCCGGUGGAAUCGCGUACGUUUUGGACGUGGACGGUUCUUUCAAGAGCAAAUGUAAUCCCGAAAUGGUGGAGUUGCUGUCGCUCGACAAACCCGACGACAUUGCCUACGUGAAACAGUUGCUGGAGGAAUUCAUCGAGAAGACCGGCUCGCUGAUCGCGCAAGACUUGCUUGCUACGUGGCCGGAACCAACCACAAGAUUCGUCAAGGUCUUCCCGUACGAGUAUCAGAGAGCUCUCAAACAGUUGGAAGAAGCGAAGCAGCAGACGCAUAUCAUUAACGGAAACGCGCAAAUAACGAACGGCAAAAUCAAGGACAUAGAAGAUUCGAUAGAAGACGCGGAUAUGGCGCAGCGCAAACUUGACAAGAUCAAAGGCUUCAUGAAGUACUCGAGGCAGAAAGCGAUGUACAGACCGGUUGAGAAGCGCGUAGAAGACUGGGACGAGAUCUACAACUUCCAGGGUGUUAGGAAGACCCUGCGAGUGCAAGCGGCGAGAUGCAUGGAGUGUGGCGUUCCGUUCUGUCAGAGCAGUCACGGUUGCCCGUUGGGCAACAUCAUUCCGAAAUGGAACGAUCUGGUAUUCCAUCAGAACUGGAAGGAGGCGCUGAAUCAAUUGCUGCAGACUAAUAAUUUUCCAGAAUUCACUGGAAGAGUCUGUCCCGCGCCUUGCGAAGGCGCAUGCGUUUUGGGGAUCUCCGAGCCGCCAGUAACGAUCAAGAAUAUCGAGUGUGCGAUAAUCGAUCACGCGUUUGAAGAAGGUUGGGUCGUUCCUCAUCCGCCUACCAGGCGAACCGGUAAAAAAAUCGCUGUGGUAGGAUCUGGUCCCGCGGGAUUGGCUGCGGCUCAUCAACUGAACAAGGCGGGUCACACAGUAACCGUGUUCGAGAGGAACGAUAGGAUCGGCGGACUGUUGCAGUACGGCAUACCGACGAUGAAGCUGUCCAAACAGGUCGUUCAGAGAAGAGUCUCUCUUCUCGCCGCGGAAGGAAUUAUCUUCCGGACAAACGUCGACGUCGGCAAAGACAUUACAGUGCAGGAUCUUCGAGAAGAAAACGAUGUGGUAUUAUUAACUACAGGCGCGACAUGGCCGCGCGAUCUGCCUAUUCCCGGCCGACAAUUGGAGGGAAUUCAUUUUGCUGUAAGCUUCCUGGAGCACUGGCAGAAAAAACAAAUGGGCAACAUGGCACCGCUCGACAUGCGACUGAUAGCCAAGGACAAAGACGUUGUCAUCAUAGGCGGUGGUGACACCGGAUGCGAUUGUAUAGCAACUUCAUUACGUCAAGGCGCGAAGACAAUCACGACAUUCGAAAUUCUGCCGGAACCGCCGGAACGCAGAGGCAAGGAUAACCCAUGGCCUCAGUUCCCGCGAGUGUUCAAAGUCGAUUACGGUCACGAGGAAGUAUCUUUAAAAUUCGGCCGAGACCCGCGCAGAUAUAGCACACUCAGCAAAGAAUUCCUAGACAACGGAAAAGGUCAUGUAAGUGGCAUCAGGACGGUGUCCGUUGAGUGGCGAAAGGACGAGAACGGCCGAUGGAAGAUGGAGGAAGUGCCGAAUUCGGAGAAGGUCUACAAGUGCGAUCUGGUACUCCUCGCCAUGGGCUUUCUCGGGCCCGAAAAAUAUAUUGCCACAGAGGUGAACAUCGAAUUAGAUGAAAGAGGAAAUUACAAAACACCAGCCGGAAAAUAUCGCACUAGUAUACCCGGAGUGUACGCGGCAGGCGAUUGCAGACGAGGACAGUCCCUCGUGGUCUGGGCAAUCACCGAAGGCCGAUUGGCCGCGAAGGAGAUCGAUUUGGCUCUGAUGGGAGAAACCGGUCUUCCCGGAAGCGGCGGUGUCAUAAUUGGCGUCAGCGCUUAAAGACCUUCUUCGCGAUAGAUGUUGGUCUUCCAGUUUAGAACACAAGAAAAGAUCCACCAUGUACGUAUCGCGAUGAAAAAAUCGCGUCGACUAUUAGAAAAUGAAGAAGACAGGCUCCUUGAAAAUCCAAGGACGUGUGGUUUGCGAUCCGAGGAUUCGAAAAUUCUAAGAAUCCGAGAAAAGAGCUUAGAAGUUCGGAAAUUGGGAGGACGCGAGCAUUCAGGAAAUCAAGGAUUCAAAUUCAAGGAUCUAUAGCUUUUCGGAUGCGGAAAUCGUGAAAUCUCCCAAGAAUAUACCGGACUUUCAGCAUCGGAGAAUCUAUAGUAUUGUUAGGAUUUGACUAUUAGAGAAUCAAACAACGAGAACAUUAGAAACACAAGUUCUGAUUUUGAAAGAUUUGAAAACUGAAGUAUUCCAAGAAUUGAAAAUCCUAAAAUGUAGAAAAAGAGGGAGAGGGAGGAGGAGGAAGAUGAGGAGGAGGAGGAGGAGGAGGAAGAGGAG